UCUCGUGUCAAAAGAAUAGGCAACCGCCACAUGUCACGCCUGAAUUUUUGUGAUUUUCUUUAAUUUUCUCGAAAAAUAUUUAUAAAAAAUGAAACCUCUUAUGCUGCAAGGGCACGAGCGUGCCAUCACCCAGAUCAAAUACAACCGUGAGGGAGAUCUGUUAUUCUCAGUUGCGAAGGAUUCAAAACCUAAUGUGUGGUGGUCUCUGAAUGGCGAACGUUUGGGCACUUUCAACGGCCACGGAGGUGUCGUGUGGUGCCUCGAUGUAGAUUGGCAGACUACCAACCUCAUUACAGGCGGUGGUGACAGCUCCUGCAGAUUAUGGGACUUAGAGACUGGAAAAAACAUUGCCACGAUAAAGUCUAACUCAUCAGUGAGAACUUGCAACUUCAGCUACAGUGCAUACCAGGCUGCCUACACCACCGACAAAGCUAUGAAACAUCCUUGUGAGGUGUUCAUCAUAGACACAAGAACCAUAGAUGACUCUAUGUCGAAUCAGGCACCAAUCCUCAAGUGGGAAAUUACAGACUCAAAGGUCACUUCCAUGGUGUGGGGCACACUGGAUGAGACCAUCAUCACUGGUCAUGAAGCUGGAGACCUUAUUCAGUGGGAUCUUAGGACUGGCAAGAAAGUGCAUUCCAUUAAGGAGCAUACUCAUCAAAUCAAUGAUAUGCAACUGUCCCGAGAUGGUACAAUGUUCAUCACUGCCUCGAAAGACCAAACUGCCAAACUUUUUGACACUAGCUCGCUAGAGCUUCUCAAAGAAUACAAAACGGAGAGACCAGUUAAUUCUGCUGCUCUCAGCCCAAUUCUUGACCAUGUUGUAUUAGGUGGUGGUCAGGAUGCUAUGGAAGUAACAACAACUUCGACAAGACAAGGAAAGUUUGACGCUCGUUUUUUCCACUUAGUAUUCGAAGAAGAAUUUGGCCGUAUUAAAGGCCACUUUGGUCCUAUCAACAGUUUGGCAUUCCACCCAGAUGGUAAGAGCUACGCCUCAGGAGGUGAAGACGGUUAUGUUCGUGUACAGAGCUUUGAUCAAUCGUACUUCGAUUACACUUUUGACUACAACAGAGAUUGAGAUUAGGUGAAUUGUAUAAUCAGUAUCUGAAAAUUUUAAUACUAUUAAAGAUUCUUUAAGAUUUCACA